AUGAGAAGGACGGCAAUUCGGGAGCUGAAUGUAGUGUUUGACUUCAGACCGAAGCUCGUCUGGACAGUUUGGAUCGCAUUCGCAACUCCGGUGUGCCUUUCGCAGCGACUCGCCACUCUUACACUCGAACGAGGCAGCGCGGAGCAGCAAGAGCGGCCGCGCAUCUCGCUCGCAUUUUGUGAUUGCGCCAAACGAAGCCCUGUCGUAAUUGAGCGCGACGAGGCGGCGACGCGCUGCUGCACCGACCCGGGAGGUUGCAAAGUGGAUGUCCUGAGACAGUGUAGAUCGAGGUCAGAUCUACGGCUCCAGACCUGUCGCCUGAAAAUAGGAGAAUUUCGGGAGUGCGAGUAUGGACGGCUGGCACUGUGA